UGAGCACAACCCACCACAUCUCUGUGGAAAAGGUGCUACCUGUGUGCCACUGCCUGAUGGAUAUGCAUGCCACUGCCCACUAGGAACCACUGGCGCCUUCUGUGAACAAGCCUUAUCCAUCAGUGAUGCAUCUUUCAGAAGUAAUGAAUCAUCGUGGAUGUCAUUUGCUUCCUUUCAUAUCCGACACAAGACUCACAUCCAGCUACAAUUUCAGCCUCUUUCUGCAGAUGGUAUCCUUUUUUAUACUGCCCAGCACCUUAGCCCUCGAUCAGGUGACUUCCUAUGUAUAUCCUUAGUAAAUGGAUUUGUACAGCUACGCUACAGCCUUGGUGACAAGAUAGUCAUCUUACAGUCUCUUCAAAACGUGUGUACAAAUGGAAGUACAUGGCAUUUCCUUAAAGCUGGAAGAGUAGAUAAUGAAGGUUACCUGGAUCUGGAUGGCAUCAACAUUACGCAGAAAGCCAGUGCCGGAAUGACUGCCCUCGACAUAAACACAGAUUUCUAUGUCGGAGGAGUGUCAUCCUUAAAUCUUGUCAAUUCAAUGGCAAUAGAGAAUGAACCCAUAGGUUUCAGUGGGUGUAUACGAGAAAUUAUUAUAAACCACAGAGAACUAAAACUCACUGAAGCAGACCCUAAAGAUGGUUCCAAUGUAGGUGACUGUGAUGGAACUGUUUGCGGUUAUACAGUGUGCAAAAAUAAUGGUAAAUGUCAAGUUCAAAACUCAGGCUUUUCUUGCUUUUGUCCACAACCCUGGACAGGGAAAAUAUGUGAACAACCAGUUUACUGUUCACAUAAUAUGUGUCUGCACCAGGCUCUUUGUAUUCCUGAUCCCAUUUUAUUUUCAUACAGUUGUGCAUGUACACUAGGAUGGUCAGGUAGAUACUGUGACAAUGAAAUCUCAUUUUCUACUGCACAAUUUGCAGGUAAUUCAUACAUCAAAUACAUGGAUCCUCAUUAUGGAAAGAGAGACCUCAGAUUUACCAGUGUCUCUCUAAAUUUUACUACCAGUCAGAGUGAAGGCUUAAUUUUAUGGAUGGGAAAAGCUGAAGAUGAAGACAAUGAUUUCCUUGCAGUUGGUCUUACUAAUGGGACCUUGAAAGUUGUGGUUAAUCUUGGAGAAAGAAUCUCUGUCCCUUUAAUCCACAGUAAACAUUCCCUUUGUUGCAAGAGAUGGCAUUUUAUCACCAUAGCUCAAAACCAGACUUCUAUUAAAGUGUACCUUGAUGAAUAUCUGGUUCUCUUUGAAGAUAUUGAUCCACAAAGAAAAUACAUUGCUCUAAACUAUGGAGGCAUUUGCUAUUUUGGUGGGUUUGAACUUGGCAGAAAAGUAAACAUAGUGACUUCAGGGCUUUUUACUCAGCAGCUAGUUGGUAAAAUUAAAGAUGUUGUACUCUUUCAAGAUUCUAAAACAAUCCAAUUAAUUAAGGCAGAAGGCUACAAUGUUUAUGAUGGAGAUGGGAUUAACUGAAAAAACCCACAUGAACAGAUGAGUAGGCUUAUGCUCCACUCUGUCUAUUGGCUAGUAGUAUUAGAACGAGACUCCUUUUUAGUAACAUGCUUAGUAGUAUUACGCACAUGCUGUAACUACUUGCUUGCUACUAUAAACUACCUAACUUUUUAUAUGGUUGGGUGAAUAGCACAGAUGAAAAAUGGUCAAAUUUACUCAUGCUACUAAUCUCAUUUCUAGAUACUGUUUUGAAAACAGGAAACUUUGAUUUUAUAGAUUUAUUUUGCCUGAGAGUUUUGUACUCUGAACGUGAUAGUUUACAAGAAUAAAAGCCCCGAGAAAUGUUUAAAUUAUGGCCUCCUUUCCAGCUUCUUUAGCCCAGCAUUCUCAAGAAUACUAUAUUAGUACAGAAAUAGAAAGGCCGACAUCAGAAACCAGUUCUCAGGGAGAGUGAGAGAGUACAGGUUGCCUAGUUUUACCUGGAAUUCCUGAAAAUCAACUGGCAAUAGUAUACAAAAAAUUAACUACAUUUGCCUAAGUUUUAUUUGCACACACACAAAUCUGUCGUCUACUGUCAUCCAAAAUCCAGUACUUUUCCCAUUUAUUUUAAUACCAAAAAGUUUCUCCGAGUCUUAGUUUUUCUUACAAAUGGCCUGUAAAGCAUGAAAAAGUCAGUCUUUGUGGAAUAACUUCACGCACAUAGUGUUUCAUAGGAAAACACUGGAAUUUUCCUUCAGUGGAGGUUGAGAUUUUCCAAGAUGUCUAGGGGAUAUAGCCACAGAUCUCCCACUGAAGUUCAAUCCUCGUGUCAGCUUAAAACCUCAACCAUAAAGCCCUUUUAUGCAAAGUAAACAAGCUUAAUUCAUUUUGCAAAUGCCUAGUUAUUACUUUAAUGAUCAGUACUUUAAUCAAUAAGAAAUAAAACAGAUAUUUGUGUUAUAUUAAUGUGCUCAGUUAUGAUAUGGCCUCCAAUGCCAUUUAAAUUUUUAAUUUCAAUCGAUUGCUAUUAAUUUACUGUAUAAAUAAAAUGUUUACAUCAAAACAAAAGUGGUGAUUUCUACCUUCUUCCCUUUUAUUACAGCUCAAGCUCUCUUCUCAUACUAGGAAUUAACUAUAUAUACACAUACAUAUAUACACAUACAGUGUACUCAACUGCAGAGAAGAGAAAUUACAUGGAUUUAUUUCAAGAUACAAAACCAGCCACUCAGCAAGAAUCAUAAGUAAAAGGCUGGAUGUCUGCUAAGACGACAAUAUAAAUAAUUUAAAUCUAUUUGAAGUACCCAGUAACAUGUCAAAUUUCCAGGCCCAUUUCAGGAUACAUAUAAAGCAGCAAUGUCUCACCUAUUCAUCAAACU